AUGGCGCUUCGGCUGGACCCCGACCUGCCGCACCGCCACGCAUCAAACUCAUGUGAUGCGCUGCAGAAUGACAUGGUUGAGUGCUACAAGGCUUCGCGGUGCUGCCGUGAGCUGAAUCGCCCGUUCGACGAGUGCCUUCGCAACCGGCGGCCCGACGAGGUCGGACAGGAGUGUCUCCUGCUCAAGCGUGCGCUUGCGCAGUGCCGCAGAAACGUGUUGAACGGCAAGUUCCGGGUCACAGGGAACCCCUACUCUACGUGA